AUGAUUGAAGAAAGUAGUCGCCUAAUUCGGAGGGCCUUUUCUUCCAGGCGUCGACGUAGACGCUGUGAGAAAGCCAACGGACCCGAUCUGCUGCGAGUUCCCAAGAUUUAUCCUCUCCGAGCCACCCGUUCUAAUCCUUUAGAACAGAGUUUAGAUACUAUACCCUCGGAUUUGUUGAGUGAAGCUUGCAGUUUCUCAUGUAGCAGUAACAUCAGUUCUGAUAAAGCUGGGUAA